AUGGCUAAAGGUCCAAUUAUAAUACACCUUAAAGGUCAAGGAGCGUGGUGUCUUGUCCACUAUCCACUUCUAGAUACCUUGACUGCGAUCAAUGACACCCAGCGACAGAACUAUAACAGAGCACUUAUUUGCAAGUACUCGCACUAUUCAACGAACUUGGGCGUGAGCGAUGAUGGCGACGAAGAACUCCUCCGCAGCGACAAUUACAAACGACUCUUCCCCUGGUAUAGGACAUUAAGUACGAUGCAACGCCUCAAAGAUCAUCUCUUCAGGACCCGCAUGAAGUUGAAUAAAUUACUAAGAUUAAACAAUGCACUUAUGGGAGUUGUUCAGCCUACUGAUGCUUCCAAGUUACCACCUAUCCUUACUCCAGCUCAACAACAACAGGUUCAGGCACAGAGACAGGCUUAUGAUGCUCAAGUCGCCGCAUCACGAAUCGCUGCACCACGAAUCGCUCCUCCUUCCACUCAGAAAGCCGAUGUUCCAGCAUCCAGCCAAUCAGAGCUAAUUCGUACCCCCUCAGCGAGAAAUCGCUCGGCAAUUCGUCGUCAGUCCCGUGGCCGCUCUUCUCAUUGGGUUGAGCCACCUCUAGCUUAUGAUAACUUAUCAACUCCCGGAGCAACUACGAAUCUGAGUGGGCAACCUGGAUCAGCAAAUUAUCUAGAUCGAGCCAAAGGUAAUGGUUGA